AUGAGAGCAAAACUGGAUGAAAAAUUUGGUGUCGAUGGCCUUUUGAUAUCUGAAUCUGCCCCUGUGGAUGAACAGUGGAGUGCAUACGCUAGCAGACUGCGUGGCUGUGCUUCAGAAGUCUUGGGAAAGCCUCAGAAGAAGCACCAGGACUGGUUUGACGACUCAGAUCCAGAGAUCAGAAAGCUAAUUAAUGAUUUCAGAACCUCUCUUCGCACCCCUGAUGAUAACAAGCGUAGAGCAGCGCAUUACAAUCUGAAAGUGAAGGCUGAGAUGAGUCUGGCGUGGUUGGCGCUGCUGGCGCUGGUGGGGGCGGUGGCCACGGUGCGGGGGCAGCGCUGCGUGCCGCUGUCGCAGCCCUACCUGCGCUGGUGGCGUUGCCAGUGCGCCACGCAGGACGGCAGCGCCAUCUUCACGACCACGCACGCGCUCAACGAUCUGCGCGCCUGGUCCACCAAGGUGGAGGUUGCCCCUGGCGUGUGCAGCAUCAGGGAGGCCCUGAUGCUGUGGGACACUGUGAACGGUCGCUAUCGCUCACCGCCGUUCUACGCACCGCUUCCCCGACGCCCUGCGGCGAGUACAGCCGUGGAGUCGCACGCGCUGCGCCUGGGCUACGCGCGCUUCGGCGCCAGCCUGUACAAGCUGCACUCGGAGGCGCUGGACUGGGAGGGGGCGCGCAGGGCGUGCGCCAGCGAGGGCGCCCACCUGGCCGUCGUCCACUCCAGCUACGAGGCCUCCGUCCUCCAGCGGCUGUUCGGGGCGCGCCUGCUCUACAAGGACUCGCCGCGCGCCGACUUCGCCUUCAUCGGAUUCCACGACCAGUUUAACGAGGGCCAGUACCUCACAAUUUACGGAGAACCUCUGUACACGCUGGAUUACUCUCGCUGGUGGUCGAAGGGUCCGGACAACGUGGGCCAGAAUUUCAUGGGAAAUCCAGGAGAAGACUGCGGGGCCAUUCACAGGGACGGCGGACUCAACGAUCUCCCGUGUGGCCAGAAAAAUGCAUUCUUCUGCGAAGUGGAAACCAGCGAGUAUCUAUCACCUGCUGGCAUCGACUACAGCGCUGGAGCAUACAUUGGGGUCGAGGCCGUACCGAAACCACUUCCUGGACGAGUUCAACGGAAAAGACCUGGGCCGGGUUACGAGUUGUUCCCAGGAGUUGGUUUCUACAAGCUACAUACGACAACGGAUACGUGGGAAAAUGCACGUCGCAAGUGCGAGGCAGAAGGUGGCCACUUAGCCAUUAUCAAUUCUGAAAUGGAAGCUUCAACGCUGCAGGCCAUAUUCAAGAGGCAUCCUGUCAUACAUGACACAGUAUGGAAUGACUUCGCACUGGUUGGAUUCCACGAUCAAUUUAAUGAGGGGCAGUAUGUCACUAUACACGGUGAGCCAUUAUCAACUACAGGCUACCAUCGUUGGUGGUCUGUGAGCAGUCCUGACAACCUGGGCUAUAGCAGCAUAAGUGCAGGUGAAGACUGUGGUUCUGUUCAUCGCAAUGGUGGCUUGAAUGACAUUUCGUGCUACAUGAAACAUGCUUUUUUCUGUGAGCAGGAGUUACUGGAAUAAGUUUUCACGGUUAAUUUAUGUAAAAAUGAGAUCUAUCUCACGUUUUCACUGGUGUUGGACUAUUUCUAUGAACACAAAGAAAUGAUUUAUUUUCUUUUUUAAAAAAUUCUGAUCAGCAGAGCAAUCAGAAUGCUUUAUUCAUGUUUUGCAGUUCAUAUUUUCAAAUUGCAAACUGUGAGCUGAAGCAUUGUAUCUAUUGAUGGGAAUCAUUAUCACAACAGCUCACUUCAAAGCAAUUUAACCAAUAAAACUUAAUUCUGCCAAUUUAAAAACAAUGCUGUAUGGUCUGAUAAGAAAGUAGACAAGCCACAUCUCACAGCUUUUGGGGGCAAUGAAGGUGGAAUUUAGUUGCAUAGACAAGGGUUCUAAAAGUCAGCAGCACCACUGUGUUUGCGAAUGUACAAAAUUCAGACAGACAUUUUUCCUGGAACCAAUAUGGAAGGGUAGGAAAAAGCACCAAUUUAUUUCUACAUAUAAGUAAGUCCUGAAAGUAAAAUGUUAGAAAGGGCAAUGGAGAGAGAAAGGAAAUAGUCAACGAGGAGUUUCUGACAGUGAAAUUAAUUUGUAAUAGUCACUC